GCUCCUUCAUGCGGUGACCUUAUUUACUGCCUGCUGAGUUGAAGCUUAUGUUUGUAGCCGCUUGAAAUUGUGUCGAAUCUGCUGUGCGAGUCCACAGCCAGCGGAGCAAGAUGGCGGUCCCUACGAAACAGUAUGGGCUCAUUUUGCCACAAAAGAAGGGAUUAUCAAAGACCACUACCUUACCAAAACCCUCUGUAUUCGAUGAUGACUCUGAUGAAGAGACCUCAGUUGGGGAAAGCCUGCAGAGAGAAUCUAUAAAAAAGAAGAUGAUGAAACAAACGCGUCUGGAGAUGCAGAAGGCCCUGGAACAGGACAGUACUGUAUAUGACUACGAUGCUGUGUACGAUGACAUUCAAAAACAGAGACUAGAGACCAACAAAAAAAUUCUGGGAGGCACAGACAAAAAGCCAAAAUAUAUCCACCAGUUAAUGAAAGCAGUAGAGGACCGAAAGAAAGAGCAAGAACGAAGGGAGGAGAGGAAGAUUCAGAAGGAAAGAGAAGCAGAGGGAGAGAAGUUUGCGGAUAAAGAGGCUUAUGUUACAUCCGCCUAUAGGCAAAAACUGCAGGAACAGAAGGAGGAGGAGGAGAGAGAGAAGAGAGAGGCAGAGAUGGAAGCUGCUUUGGAUGUGAAGAAACAAAAAGACCUGAGUGGCUUUUAUCGGCACCUCUUGAAUCAGACUGUAGGAGAGGAGGCAAUACCAGAUCGCUCUGCGAACAAACCUCAAACUUCAAAGGGUUCAAAAGACACAGAAAAGACUUCACCUGCUUCCUCACCUCCAUCCAAUGAAAAUAUCCCAAGUUCAAGCAGUGACAUCGAGGAGUCGCAUGAGCAGAAAUCUGGGUUUAGCAAGCCUGGGGGCGGCUCUGCACACUCAAAACGCCAGUACAGGCAGAGGUCACCUUCAUCAGGGAGCGGUGACGAAAAGGAGAGGGAAAAAGAGAAGGAGCGAGACAGACAUAAAAAGAGCCACAGAGACCAAGACAGAGCAAGGAAUAGAGAUAGAGAGCGAGAAAGAGACAGAAACAGGGGAAGGGAAAGAGAUGACAGGCAUGGAGAAAGAAGAAGCGACAGAGAUAGAAGGAGAGAUAGAGACCGAGGUAGAGAAGACGACAGAGGUAGAGGAGGCAGAGGUGAUACCGAAAGGGAUGACAGGCAUGGAAAGAGGGAGAGGAGCUCCAGAGAAAGAGAACGGGAUAAGAAUGGUGAGAGGGAAAAGAGAAGGAAACCGGAUGAAGACAAGAGGAAAGACAGACAUCUGGAGGAAGAGCAGGCACUACGGAAGGAACCAGAGAAGGAGAAGGGCAUGAACAAGGAAGAAAAUGAACUUGAAAGGAAGGAAGAAGCUGAAUGCACAAUAGAGAACAAAGAUGAGCAGAAAAAUCAAGGCGAGGAGAAAGAGGAAGCGGAGGAGAAGACAAACAAGUUUGCAAAGCGCAGCACAGAUCAGACUGUGAGUUCGGCAAGAGAGAGGUACAUGGCCAGGCAGAUGGCCCGCUCUGCAUCUAAAAGCUAUAUCGAGAAAGAGGAGGACUGAGAGCACACACAGAAAACAUCUCCAAACUGCACUCUGUGUUUUGAGAAUAUUUUAUAUUUUGUUUAAAAGACAUCCCUUAAAAAAGCAAAUGAUUUUUUUUCUUUAAACACUUAGUGCUAACUGAACCUGUAGGGUGGUUCCUACUGAAAAAUAAACAUUUUAACAUCUUAACAUGAAGCUGUAUGUAAGAGACUUGUUUAAAUGUUUAGGUGGAAAAUGCUCAAACUGGAGGAAAUUGGGAAAAUGUAUUUUUAAGGACUAUUUUUCACUGUGGAUUAAUGCAUACAUGGUGGACUAGUGGGGCUUUAAGACUAGAACAGGAUGAACUGCAAUGUUUGUGUUCAUUUUAAAGAACAUCCUCCCACUGCAGCAAUGUGGAUUUUUGAUCUUCAUAAUGUUUCUGAACAGCAGUAAAGCUCAAACUGAGUAAGAUGACAGUACUUGUUAGUAGGGUAAGUUUAUUGUUGGUUAUAGCCUUUUCAUGGAACAUUAAUAUGAUUAUAGUACAUUACCAACCUUUUCCUGUAACCACCAUACAAUGAACAGACUGAAAGUGUGCAAAUAUUUCACAGUCCCUGGCAAAGAAAUGCAGAUUUGUGUUUUAUCUUUGUAAAAAUAAAAAUGUUGAAUAUGAGGGUUUUUUUUCUAGAGAGCCUCUUGUAUCCUGUCCUAAAUGAAUGAGUGUAAAUCGUACGUUUUAUCUCAGCUGCUAAACUGCAGAUUUGACUUCUGAACUGGUGAUGUGUUCAUUCACUUUUUAUUUUUCUGGUGUAUUCAGUGAUGGACUAAUAAAAUAAGGUCUGAUUCACAGUU